UUAUCCUUACUUGACUUAUCUAACAGCAGCAUUUGGGCUGUUAUAUUUCGGAAAUAAUAGAAACAAUUAUGGGAUUAUGCAAGGAGUCUCCAGUGUGAGCAGGCAGUAUUAAGCUUUCUAGCACAGGAAACUCAUUCUUAAUGCUAUUAUUUAACCACCACAAAAAAAAAAACAAGAUGUCAUGCCUCAAGUGCCUAAAAUAUACCAUGUGUGUGGUGAACUUCAUCUUCUUCCUUUGUGGAGCUGCUAUAUUUGGCUUGGGGAUCUACAUGAGCACUACGUUCAAGUACUUGUCCCUCUUCCCAGCCUUGUCAGCCAUAAAUGUGGCCAAUGGGCUCUACGUCAUCGGCAUAUUUGUCACCUGUGUGUCCUUCCUGGGUUUUCUGGGGGCCCUUAAGGAAAACCGCUGCCUCUUGAUUUCUUUUUUCAUUCUCUUGUUCCUGCUGAUGUUGGCUGAGCUGACAGUGGCCUGUCUCCUGCUCUUUUAUGAGAAAGAUAUUGACAGUUUCAUUGAGCGUGAACUGACAGCUAGCCUGCAAAAAGAUGCAGGAGGGAAUAACUCAACCAUCAACUGGAAAACCAUUCAGGAUAUGUUUAGUUGCUGUGGUGUAAAUAAUGCAUCAGAUUGGAACAGUACCUCUCAUUCGGAAAACUUGUCAAGCCCAGCAUGUAAAACCAACACCCAGCAAAUGGGAUGCUAUGCAAAACUGAAGACGUGGAUUGAAGACAAUCUGCUCGGAACCGGAAUAGCAGUCAUCAUCAUAUGCAGCAUUGAGGUUUUGGGUAUGUGCUUCUCUAUGACUCUUUUCUGCCACAUCAGCAAAUCUGGACUCGGCUACAAGUGAACGGCCAUAUCACUUCCACAAUGCAAAACGGAGGCAGUCAGAAGAGUUGGCCUCCAUUUAUGUUUAUACAUUUAUAGUUUCAUAAUCAGAAUUUGUGACACUUGUCGAGAUUACUAUUCUGACGUGUUAUGUGAAGAUGAUACGUGUGUACUGGUACACAGCUUCAUUACAGUGUAUGGAUUUAUAUGUUUUGUCAAACAAAAAUGGCAUUUCCUUUCAUUUCCAUGUACAGAAACUGCAUAUGUGACUGGAUCAAUGGUAAAGUGUGACGACAGAACACUGCCUUUAAAUUUGCCAUAAAAUAUAGUAUAGUGCAAUAUCAGGCUGGUCCACAAUUAUGUUUUUAAUUUAUUUUUUAUAAAAUGAAAAAAGUUUUAUUCCGUUUUGCUUUAAAAUGAACUCCGCUAUUAAGAAAUGAGAAAUUGACAUCAGUACAUGUAGUCUUUAACAGAAGCACUAUUAUGAGAAGGAUUAGCAGUUCCAAUGCUACAUUUAACUUCAAGUAACAUUUUGGUAUAAUGAAACCCAGUCCACAUAUACACACUCUCUUGUUUAUGGAAAAUUCAUGUAACAUUCAGAAAAUUCCCCAUAUUUACUUUUGUUCAAUGUAGCUCUAAAAAUCAGGAUACUGUGAUCAUAAAUAUAAUUAAUUAAUCAGAGUUAGUUGAUGUACAGAUUCAAUUGUUUCGUUUUUUUUUUUUUUCUCUCAUUAAUUAUCUGUGUCCUUUCCUUCAUUCCACAACUGCUGUAACUUGUGACUUCCUGUUUGUCAAAAUAAAAUAAACUAUUUGGGUGAAAAAGAAA